AUGCCUUUAGACAUCCAAGGAAAUUCCACUUACUUGGAUGACCAUGGACCACCUCCUAGUAAGGUACUACCUUUCCCGAGCCAGGUGGUGUACAACAGAGUAGGCAAGUGUGGGAGUCGCACUGUGGUCUUGCUCCUGAGAAUCUUGUCAGAGAAACACGGAUUCAAUUUGGUCACAUCAGACAUUCACAACAAAACCCGGCUUACUAAAAAUGAGCAAAUGGAACUGAUUAAAAAUAUAAGUACUGCCGAACAACCCUAUUUAUUCACUCGACAUGUUCACUUCCUGAACUUCUCAAGGUUUGGAGGAGACCAGCCUGUCUACAUCAACAUCAUUAGAGACCCCGUCAGCCGGUUUUUAUCUAACUAUUUUUUCCGUCGCUUUGGAGACUGGAGAGGGGAACAGAAUCACAUGAUCCGCACCCCCAGCAUGAGGCAGGAGGAGCGUUACCUG